CCCUCCCCAGCGGACUGUCUAGGACCUGCACUGACAUGGCGGCGGAGAUCACGAAAGGUGUGGGACAAGUAUAAGUAGCUGAUCACUGCUAUGCUGGACCUGAAGAUGUGGCUUGUGAUUUCUGCACUGGGAGAAAACUGAAAGCUCUCAAGUCCUGUCUGCAGUGCGUGGUCUCCUACUGUGAGCAGCACCUCCAGCCACACUAUGAAGUUGUUCAAUUCAAGAAACACAAGCUGGUGGACCCCUCAAAGACGCUUCAGGAGAACAUCUGUACUCGUCACAAUGAGGUGAUGAAGAUAUUCUGCCGCACUGAUCAACAAUGUAUCUGUUAUCUUUGCUCCAUUGAUGAACAUAAAGGCCACGACACAGUCUCAGCCGCAGCAGAAAUGGCCGAGAGGCAGAAAGAGCUUGGGACGAGUCGACAAAUGAUCCAGCAGAGAAUCCAGAACAGAGAGAAAGAUGUGAAGGUGCUUCAGAAGGAGCUGGAGGCUAUCAACCGCUCCGCUGAUAAAGCUGUGACUGACAGCGAGAAGAUCUUCACGGACGCAAAGCUGCAGAUCAGAUCUCGUCAGAAAUCAGAAGUGAGUCACGUCAACAGGCUUCAGGAGAAGCUGCAGCAGGAGAUAGCCGAUCUGAACGGGAAAGACGCUGAGCUGGAGCGGCUCUCACGCGCAGCAGAUCACACCCAGUUUCUGCACAGCUACGCCUCACUGUCGCGUCUCGGCGAGGCUACAGAUUCGCCCAGCGUCAAGAUCCGUUCCCAAAGGUACACCGAGGAUGUGACUGCUGCUGUGUCGGAGGUCAGAGAUAAACUACAGGACAUUCUCAGCGAGGAAUGGAGCACGAUCUCAUUGGCAGGGACUGAAGAGGUUUUAGUGCCACAAGCAGAGCCCGAGACUAGAACUGACUUCCUCAAAUACUCGUGUCAAAUCACACUGGAUCAAAACACAGCACACAAAUAUAUGUCUUUGGAAUAUGGCCAAAAGGCAAAGCAUAUAUAUGUUCAAAAUUUUUAUUAUGGUCACCCAGACAGUUUUACUGACUGGUGUCAGAUUUUGUGUAGAGAAAGUCUGACUGGACGUUGUUACUGGGAGGUGGAGUGCAAUGGGAGUGCCAUUUUUGUUGCAGUCGCAUACAAGAAAAUGAGCAGAGUAGGAAGAGAAAGUGCAUUUGGAAACAAUGACAAGUCUUGGGCACUACAAUGUUUCCACGACGGUUAUGAAUUUAGCCAUAACAACAUGAGAACUUCCAUCUCAGGCCCUCACUCCCCCACAGUAGGAGUGUACCUGGACCACAGUGCAGGUAUUCUCUCCUUCUACAGCGUCUCUGAAACCAUGACUCUCCUCCACAGAGUCCAGACCACAUUCACUCAGCCUCUCUGUCCUGGACUUGGGAUUCAUAGCCGUGGAGCCUCUGCUAAAAUCUGUGGAGCCUCAGACACAGAAGAGGAAACAGCAUAGAGACAGGACGCAACGCGAAAUAACUUAUUUAAAGUGUCUGUAUGUAGCAUUCUUAAAGUAAACAAUUGCAAAAAAUGAACUUAAAUCGGAAAAACAAUCGGAUCUUACAUUUUUUUAUAAAUAAAAUAUAAAAUGUUUAUA